AUGAAUAAUGCGAGUUUCUCUACUGCUACCAGUGACGCGCGGUCCCGUACUCGCUCCCGAUCCACGUCUUCCUCCUCCGCAGGCGUCGACAAAGACGGAGCAAACGACGUGUACAAGACAAACAAGAAAGGUUCCUCUAGCAAGAAGGGGCUAUUAUCGUCUUCUACCCUGACUUAUGCAUUGCAAAUGUAUCCCGGUAAUAUAAAUUGCAUUUCAAAUUUCAUCCUCAGCAUGAGGUAUAAGAUUUCUAAUGCGGAGUUACCUUAGGUAGAAGAUCUGUCAUGCAUAUUUGCAAUUAGUAUGAGUGCGAUACUUUUGCAGAGCAUAUGACUGGUAGUGCAACCACUUCAUCCUUGUCGCACCACCUCCACUCGCGCAAAAACUCUAAGGACCACCGCAGUGCCUCCCUGUGCACCAUUAUGCAAGAAAAAAACUGUGUAAGUGUAAAUCUGUAAUGCAGAACAUGCAACAGACUUACACCUGUCAUGCGAGACAGCCAUGAAGUUCUCUUUUCAUGUGUGUUUUUCCUUACAAGCCAUGCAUGACAGGUUUUCUCUGUCAUGUAGAGCAAAUUUGUAAUGCUGUCAGCCAAAGAUAGUUACACUAACACAGUUUUUUUCUUGGAUCACCAUCCGGGAGGGGCAGGAGCUGCAGAGCAAAUACCGCCUUUUGGCGGCCAGAGCGGAUGAGAGUCGGGAACUUGCGCUACUGCUUCCGGCGAAGAGUGCGAUGAAGCACUUCAACAACAGAUCGGCGUGGAUGGAAGAGGAUGCGCUGCUGACCGGGGCGGGGAUGCUUUGGAACGAUGUGGAUGCAGUUUUGUAAGUAGUUGUACUCGACGAGGUCGAGUACUUUUAUUUUCACAUACGUUCGUCUUCGUACAAGGAAAAAAAAAGUUUUGUAUAUAGUCACUCUCAAGGGCUAGAGUAUUGAUUUUGAAGAUUCAGAAGCAAUAGGCUACAGUAUUUGUGGUGCAGUACUUAGCAGAAUGAAACAAGUUGAUACGAUUUGUCGUGUUAGUACUAGCAAGUAUGUUGCCAGUGCCGCGAGCUGUAGUUUUGUUACACAUUCGUAGAAUCUCUUUUCUUCAGACAGAAAGAUUGUACUCGACGUGCUUCAUCAGAAUGUCAGAUCUACAAUAUAUCAAAAAUAAAUAAAUCACUGAUUUCUUUAUUGGCUUUGUAUACGUAAUAUCUUCAAAAAGAAAAAACUACUUAAGUACUUCCCUUGUAUGCUACAACGAGAUUCUACAAGGUCAGGGCUUUACUUUUUCGCGCUCUAGGAGCGGUUGCUGUGCAUUUCUCUUUGUCCAAUUUGAAAUAUCGCUGUCAUAUGAAGGGCUUUAUUUUUCUUCACUGUAAAAGUGGAGGCGGAGGGCCACCAGGGCUUUCGUUCUCCACUUUCAAGUAUCCUAUUUUUCCACAAUUCAAAUUCUAGAUUAAUAUGAUCCGAGCAAAAGUGAGACGGUACUAGGGCAGGACAGCGUCUUUCUUUUUGCAAUUUGAGCCUGAAAAUUAUUGAGCGGCCCUUUCGCAAGCACAAGAAGAUAGACGCGCGGCAUCGCAUUGUAGUUGCUGUACCGCCUCGGGGGUCUGUCUCCGGCUUUUGUCUCGGCAGGAGAAGCAGAAAAUUGUGAGACGGCGCGAAGGUUGAAAUAGUAAAAACCGGUUGUGUGUGGUCUUAUGAUUCAGAAAAGUAGAAAAUGUCACCGUUACGUCAUGUUACAUAACAGGGGAGAGGCGUACGGACAGGUGAACAAAUCGCAUGUAAAAUAACAUAGAAUAGAUGCACUCCAUACAUCAUACAAAAAAACGAAAAAGAAAAAAUGAAUUUUAUGCAUCAGCAAGAAAAAAAGCGUAAAAUUUUACAGGCUAGCAGACACGACUAAUGAAGAGGAGAAAUUUUUUCAUCUUUCAGUAUAAUAAAUACAGAACAACCACACCGAGUGAGCCGAGUGCGGCUGCUUUAGUCCUAACGCCAAGUUGCUUUGGCUGAAGCUAUUUUUUGCGGAGGUGCUGUGGCCGCUCGAGUGGUUGAUUUGAAGAAAUAAGGUUGGCUCUACGGCUAAAAUCCAAUAAGAAAACACAAGUUUUCGAUAUAUCUUCAGCGCUGCCGGUCCCGGUGCCCGCUCUGAGUAUGAAUUUGAUUUAGGUAAAAAACGAGGCCGCUCCUAGGCUGAUGUAGUGGUAAGGAGGUACCACGACGCUCUACCACGAUCUCCAGCAGUAAUAUAAUUCAUCACCUUGCCGUGAAGAGGAGAGGUAACACAAGGAAGAUGAAAUUCUUUGUGUUUACGUAUAAGGAUGCGGAAUGUAUCAGGUCCGGCGUGCCGUGGUACUAGAGCGGUUGCUUCCGAAGAUAGACCAUAACUAAUUUUGAAAGAAGAAAAACACGAUGAAGCACGACAUAGCAUACACAAAACAUAUAAGAAUUUGAAUUUCGUGACACAGCAUCACACUCUUACCAAGAAGGAUCAAAAAAUCAAUGUUUAUUGUUAUUGUACACAACUUACGGAUAAACAUAAAUUAGAAUUUCCUGCAAAAAACAAGUGCAAUAGAAUACAA